AUGCAUUUUUGUUCAAGUAAAUCAUUUGAAAAUAAUCAUGCAUGUCGUCGUGGACUUUUCUGUGGUACAAAUACUGAUGGUGAAGAUGUUUUAGACUCUGGUCAUCAACCAUUAGGUAGUAUUCGUUUAAGUCUUGGUUGGAUGAGUCGAUAUGAAGAUAUUCAAUGUUGGAUUAAUUUUCUUCGUCAAAUUAUUUUACAAGGUAUUGGAAUUGCACCUCUAUUAUCAUCUGUAUCUAUAAAUAAUGGAUAUAAUGAAGAAAUAAAUUUAAUUUUAACUCAUAUUUAUAUUUAUCCAAUAAAAUCUUGUGGUUCAAUAUCAGUUAAAGAAUGGCCAUUAACAUCGAUAUCAUUUUUAUAUGAUCGUGAAUGGAUGAUUAUUGAUCAAAAUUUAAAUCCAUUAACACUUAAACGUUUACCAUCUUUAUCACAAAUAAAACCAUCUAUUAAUUUAAAACAAAAUCAACUUAUACUCAAUGCAAAUAAUCAUCCAUCAUAUAUUAUUGAUAUUAAUAAUGAUUCAACAAUUAUUAAAUCAACUGUAAAUUUAAAUGAUGGAAUAAUGUGUCAUGUUUAUGGUGGUGAAAUUGAACAAUGGUUAACUCAAGUCUUAGGUAUUUAUGCAACAUUAGCUCGUCGUACAAAAGAUAGUCAAAUGACAUUAGCAAAUGAAGGUGCUUUUCUUCUUGUAUAUGAAGAAAGUGUUAGACAAAUUAGAACGAAUUUAAUUGAAAAUGAAAAUAUAACACAUGAACGUUUUCGACCAAAUUUAGUUGUUGAUAAACAAUAUAUAAAUCAAUCAUAUUCAGCUUAUAGUGAAGAUUUAUGGAAACGUUUAAUUAUUUUAAAUGAAUAUAAUAUUGAAUUGAAAACAAUUGGUUUAUGUCAACGAUGUUCAAUAGUUAAUGUUGAUCCAUUAACUGGAAAUAAUCAAAGUCGUCUUUUUACUCGUUUACAAACACAACGAAAAGAAAUAAAUUCAUUAAGAGCAAAUUUUGGAAUUUUAUUAAAUCUUUCAAAAAUAUAUGAUCAUGUUUUUGUUCAUGUUGGAGAUCGUAUUCAAGUUUUUAAAUAA